AUGGCUUCAGGAGACCCGGUGGUUGACAAGGAAGUUCUCAUCCUCAUUAUCAUUUUAUUCCUUUUGUGCCUGGUGGCUGUGAUGGGCAACGGCUUUGUCGUUGUAGCGCUGGGCAUGAAGUGGUUUCUACGGAGAACACUGUCAUCUUAUAAUAAGUUACUGGUCAGCCUAGGGGCCUAUCGCUUCUGUCUUCAGUGGGCAGUGAUAGGUAAGAGUAUUUAUAAUGUCCUGCAUCCAACAGCUCUCCCCUAUGACCCCACAAUGCAGUUCCUAAACUUCCUUUGGGAUUUCUUGAACUCUGCCACCCUUUGGUCCUGCACUUGGCUUGGUUUCUUUUACUGUAUAAAGAUUGCAAACUUCACCCACCCUGCCUUCCUCUGGCUAAAGUGCAAGGUGUCGGGGUGGGUACCGUGGUUGCUGCUUAGCUGUGUGGGCUUUUCUGGCUUGAACAGCAUCCUGUUUUUCACAGGCAAUCAGAUACUGUAUCGGAGCUAUCUAAGGGACAAUUGCCAAUACUGGAAUGUCACUGGGAACAGCAUAAGGUCAUUUGAAAAAUUCUACUUCUUCUCUCUAAAACUGAUUACUUUUUCAAUCCCUGUUGGACUCUUUCUCAUUUUCAUGGCUCUUCUCCUCAUAUCCCUGGGAAGACACACCAAGAAGACCCUGUUGAGCCUCUCAGGAUUUCAAGAUCCCCCUCUUCAGGCCCACAUCAGAGCUCUUGUCGCUAUUAUCUCUUUUGUUACCCUCUUAACCUCUGGUUUUCUGGCCCUGGUGCUUAGUUCUGGCACUAGGUUUCCCCUUCAAGAGGUUAAGCAAUGGGUAUGGCAGGUGGUGGCUCAUCUGUGCAUAGCAGUCCACUCUGCCCUUCUACUCUUCAGCAACUUCAAGUUGAGAGGCAUGGUGGAGCGAGGCUGCUCCUCAAGGUGUGUGGCUUGCUGA